CCAUAGAAACCAGACAUGCGCCAUGCUCGCAGAGCUACUGACCUCACCGCUAUCGCUCCGAUCAGAAAAGAAGAAGGGAAAGUUGAAGGCAAGAAAAAGACCCACAAACACUCUAAAGGGUCCAGGAAAAGCUAUAAAAUGAGUACUCCUCGCGGUUCUAAGCCGCAACAGCAGCAACAAGCGCCAAGAACGGAAUUGGACUACGAAAUCGAACGUCUGAAAGCUGAGAUUCAGCAGGAACGACAGAUGAAAGAAAUGUUAGAACAGUCUUCAGUUGAGCUUGAGAAUACCAUCAGUGAUUUGGAGGAGAAAAACGACAAUGUCGAGGAUGAAGAUAAUGAAUGGAAGACCCGUUUUGAGACCCAGCAAGAGAUGAACAAUCAACUUGAAAAACAGGUUGUAUUAUUGAGGGACAAACUGGGACAGCUUAAGAUUCCUUCUCGAGAUGGAAAACCAAGUAAUCACCUCAAAACAUACAAUGGUUUAUCUGAUGCAGAAAUCAGAAAACUAAUGAGACAACUGGAGCGAGACAAAAUAGAGCUACAAGGUCAGCUACGAGACUUGGAGUGGCGUUUAGACAAUGAAUCCAAGGCAUACCACAAGAUAAAUGAAGAAAGGAAGAAAUACUUAACAGAGCUAGAUGAAACUGCUGCAGUCAUUGAUGAAACAAAGACAAAAACAAGGAAGGCUCUUAGUGAAGCUCAGCGAGAAAAUGAAGCCCAGCUGCAGACAGCUAAGUUAAGGCAUCCUAACCAGUUUGGCCUGCCGGACAAUCAGAGAAUCAUUGAUCCUAAGAGAGGCCCAGUGAAGAAAGUGGCAGCAGUACGUAAGCUACCAAAGCUGGACAGCUCGGGAUCAGGGGGGAGUAAAUCACCUGGCAACAGUCCAAGGAACAGCUAAAAUAUAUUGAAGAACUCUCAAAAUUUAAAAAAUAUAUAUUAUACCUUAAGAUAUUUAUUCUUUUAAAUAACACAAUCAGAUGAAAUGUAGCACAGUUGCUAAAAAAUAGAUCACAAAGCUAGUUAGCAGUUCACAUUAUAUCAUUUAAACUAAAAAAAAGGACUCUUGUAGCCUUAGUUGACAGUGCUAUUCUGACAAAACAUCUAAUAUUUACUCUGAGUAAUAAAGUAAUAUUUUGGUUAGUAAAUAUAUAUGCUACCAAAAAAUUAACAAUUUUUCCAAAAGUGAUUAUUUGGCUUGUUGAUAGCUGUUAAGCAGUAUUUGACCCUCAGAACAAAUAGUUAUGAGGCAAGUUGGCACUUGUAGCUAGAAGAGAUAUUUUUGUUGUUACUGUAAUUAGAAGAAAGGAUACUGUCUCAACAUGGAAUAUUUUCAGUUGUAACCAUUAACUGAGGUGUAUCUUGUCUUAAUGAAGGAAACAGGUUAAGAAUCAUCAAUUAUGACAUAUUUGCAGCCAUUACUUUCUUUAUUUAUAAUUGUGUUAAAAAUGUUCUUUUGUGAACUUGUAAAUACAUUAUUUUGUUUGUACAUAUGAUGCAAUUGUAAAGAAUUCUCCUUUAGAAAAUAAAAUAGAUCAUUUAUUUUCUCAUAAUAUUAUUG